UCAAAACUAUAAGCCAAAGAUAUAUAAUUGUCACGAUAAUAAUCAAAUCCUCCUCAAGAAUAUAUUAUAAUCAAUUCGAGGGACCUGUAAUUCAGCUAUAAAUAUGACUCUCUGCUUCUCUAGCUUUUCAAUAGAAGCUCACAGUUUUUAAAGUUCGUAGUUGUGAGGUGUUCUUACUGACAGACUGCGUAGUAAAAUGAAGUUCUUACAUUUUAUACUCUUCUUUGCUUCUCUCUUGAUUGCAGCAGCACUUAGCCAUGCAACCCAUCCUGCUGAAGUCUACUGGCGUAAUGUGUUACCAAACACUCCUAUGCCAAAAAUAAUUCAAGAUCUUUUACGAUCCGGGUCCAGCGGAAAGCCAGGAGGAAGAACUGAAGUGAACGUAGAUAAACAAGAAAUCCCCGUAAACACUAGUCAUGCACGAUAUACACGACCGACACCUAUACCAGGAUAUACACGACCGUCUGGGAGCUUCAGGAAUUAUCAUCGCGGAUCUGAAGAUCAAAAACUUCUAGACAAUCCUAAUUCUGCUCUCAUAUUUUUAGAAAAAGAUUUGCAUUCUGGAACCAAAAUGAAUUUGCAGUUCUUUAAAACUACAAAAGGGGCUAUAUUCAUGCCACGCCAAGUCGUCAAAUCGAAACCAUUCUCCUCAAACAAGUUGACUGAUAUCCUAAGCCAGUUUUCGGUCGACCCAAAAUCCAAACAAGCUGAAGUUAUCAAAGAAACAAUCAAAGAAUGCGAAGCACCCUCAGAAUCUAAAGAACAAAAGUAUUGCGCAACAUCAUUAGAAUCGAUGAUUGAUUUCAGCACUUCAAAAUUGGGAAAGAAUGUUAAUGCUUUAGCAACUGAGAUGAAUAAAGAAGUAGCAGAGAAACAAGAGUAUGUUGUUCAAUCAGGAGUCAAACAGAUGAAAGGCGAUAAUUCAAUAGUCUGCCACGGUCAGCCAUAUCUAUACGCAGUCUACUACUGUCAUGCAACACAUGCAACUAGAGCUUAUGUUGUACCAUUGGUCGGGAAUAAUGGCACAAAAAUCAAGGCAGUUGCCUUGUGUCACACUGACACUGCGUCGUGGAACCCUAAGCACAUGGCUUUCCAAGUUCUUAAGGUUAAGCCAGGAACUGUUCCAGUUUGCCACUUCCUUCCCGAAGAUCAUAUUCUCUGGGCUACCAAGAACUAAAGAACCAGAUACAACCAUUCUUCCGUGGUUACCUGUGUUGGCUUCUAGCUUUAAUUGCUAUAGACUAUAGUGUGUGUUUAUUAUUCUGUACUGAACCUCAAGGUGCUUUUUAUAGCACCCGUUGUCCGUGAAAGAUAGGAAUGGUCUGUAAGUCCUUAUAUGUCUUAUAUAUGCUGAGAUAUAAAUAAGAUUGAUGUUAAUGUCUUGUUGGUUUU